AUGGCUGACUGUAAGCUUCUGGGUUUGGUCUUGGCUAUCAUUGGCUUUUUGGGGAGCAUCAUCACCUGUGUGCUCCCAAUGUGGAGAGUGACGCCCUUCAUUCGUUCCAACAUCGUCACAGCACAGACUGACAGAAGCGAGGCUGCCUUGUGGCUGAGUUGUGUGGUCCAGAGUACGAGCCAAAAGCAGUGUAAGGUCUAUGAUUCGAUGUUGACCUUACCUCAAGAUUUGCAGGCUAGCAGAGCACUCAUCAUCAUCACCAUCUUGUUAGGGUUCUUUGGGAUGCUGUUUGGUGUAGUUGGGUACAGCUUCAGUAACUGUAUGAUAGAUCAAAGUCAAAAUAGCAAUGUGACUAUAGCUUCUGGGGUUAUCGUCAUCAUUGCGAGUGUCUUGCUCCUAAUCCCUGUAACUUGGACAGCCCACAUUAUCAAUCAGAAUUCCUACAACCCAACUUUGAUCAGUUCUCAGAGGAGGGAGCUGGGAUCAUCGCUUUACAUCGGCUGGGGCUCUGCAGGACUGCUGUUCCUGGGAGGAGGCCUUCUCUGCAGCUCCCAUCCUCGUAUGAAUGUCAAUGACUGUGAGGUUAGGUACUCCAACAGCCGCCCUGUGUAA